AUGUGGGAGGAAGAACAUCACCCCCACCAUCACCAACACCAUCACCACUACGAAGACGAGUAUGUUGUAUCAGACGGUCCCGCGUAUAGCUUGGCUGCUGCGAUGCCGGAACCGACCUCUCGACCGCGCGAGUACAUAGAGUAUCCGUCUGCCUAUGCCCCUCCCGCGGAAAGGUACAGAGAUUAUGCUCCUCCUUCCGUUCCCGCGACAAGUUUAGAAUACUCAGAGUACUCGGAGCAUCAUCACCACCAUCACCCUCAUAACGCCGAGGGCGAUUACGCGCCGCCCCCUCUAUACCCGGAGUACGGCCAGUAUGCCCCCCCACCCGGUCCCCCGCCUCCGCGUGACUAUCUCCCGCCUUCCGGCCCUCCAGGUGAUUAUAGUACCUACACUCCCCCAGACGGCCCCCCUCCGCGCCCGCCGGUAGAGCACCAGCACUUCGGGCCCGUGUUCCAAGAUGAGAACGGGAACGACAGGCUGCUGCACUUCCAAUACUCACAGUGCACUGGGAAGAGGAAGGCGCUUUGUAUCGGCAUCAACUAUAUCGGACAAUCUGCGGAGCUCAAGGGGUGUAUUAACGACGCGCACAACGUGCGCCGGUUUCUGUGUGAGGACUACGGAUACCAAGAUGCCGAUAUCGUGAUGUUAACGGACGACUCGUCGAACCCCCGCUCGAUUCCGACCAAGGAGAACAUGAUCGAAGCAAUGCAGUGGCUCAUCAGUAAUGCCCAGCCGCACGACGCACUGUUCUUCCACUACUCGGGUCACGGUGGGCAGACGAAAGAUCUGAACGGAGACGAGGAUGGGUAUGAUGAUGUGAUCUACCCCGUCGAUUUCCAAGAAAAUGGGCCCCUCGUGGACGACAUGCUGCAUGAUAUCCUUGUGAAGCCGCUGCCUCCUGGUUGUCGGCUCACGACGAUAUUCGACUCUUGCCAUUCUGGUACUGCUCUCGAUCUACCGUAUAUCUACAACCACUAUGGCAAGAUUAAGGAGCCUGACCUCGAGCAAGAAGCAUCGCAAGGCCUACUCGCCGCGUUCGCUGAUCGCGGCUUCGCUCAUGCGUUCUCCUCUACAAAUGAGUUCAUGGACCGCGAUCGUCGCUUGCUUCAGACGAAGACAAGCCCGGCGGACGUGAUAUCAUGGAGCGGAUGCAAGGACUCGCAGACGAGCGCGGACACGUUCGAGGCGGGCCAGGCGACGGGCGCGAUGAGCUACGCGUUCAUGACCUCGCUGAGGCAGAACCGGCAUCAAAGCUACCAACAGCUACUCGUCAAUGUUCGCGGCAUGCUGGCGCAGCAUUACAACCAGACCCCGCAGCUGUCCAGCUCGCAUCCGAUGGACACUAGCUUGUUGUUCAUCUGCUAA